AACGUCUUGUAAUGGAAGAUGGAAGACAAAGGGGCUCGUGUUGCUGACUACUUUGUUGUCGCAGGUUUAACAGAUAUUUCAAAACCACUAGAGGAAGAAAUCCACUUCAAUGAUGCUUGCCAUAAAAUCGCUAAACCAAAAGAACCUAUUACAGAUGUAACAGUAAUUAAUAAAUCUCUGGGGGAGGAGGUUCCUCAGGGUUAUAAAUGCAUAGAUGUUACUCCCUCAGGAUUGUCUGCGGAUCUUAAUAAUGGCAGUCUUGUAGGACCGCAAAUAUACCUUUGUUAUCGCCGAGGAAGGGAUAAGCCCCCUCUUACUGAUUUGGGGGUUUUAUAUGAUGGGAAAGAAAGAGUAAAGCAAGGUUGUGAAAUAAUCCAAACUACUCCAUAUGGCCGGCCUGCUAAUAUUAGUGGCAGUGCCUCAUCACAGAGAGUGUACAUCACUUACCGAAGAGCAUCCGAAAACAUGACACAAAACACGCUGGCUGUUACAGAUAUAUGUAUAAUCAUACCCAGUAAAGGAGAAACCCCUCCACAUACAUUCUGCAAGGUUGACAAGAAUCUUAAUAACAGUAUGUGGGGCUCAGCAGUAUAUUUAUGUUACAAAAAGUCUGUGGCAAAAACCAACACCAUAUCAUAUAAAGCAGGUUUAAUAUGUAGAUAUCCCCAAGAAGAUUACGAAUCAUUCCCAUUACCAGAAUCUGUGCCUCUCUUCUGUCUACCUAUGGGUGCAACGAUUGAAUGUUGGCCAUCAAACAGCAAAUACCCUCUCCCAGUUUUUUCUACGUUCGUCCUAACUGGAGCUUCUGCAGAAAAGGUAUACGGUGCUGCUAUUCAGUUUUAUGAACUGUAUCCUGAAGAGCAUCUCACAGAGAAACAGAAAUCGCAACUGGGAUUAGCAGCUGCUGUUGAGGGGAAGGCAGACGCGUGCAGAACAGUUCAAACAAAUAAAUGCAUCUGUCUGCUCUCUCACUGGCCUUUCUUCGAUGCUUUCAAGAAGUUCCUUACCUUUCUGUAUCGCUACUCCAUUUCUGGUCCACAUGUCCUACCUAUUGAGAAACACAUUUCCCAUUUCAUGCAUAAAGUUCCUUUUCCAUCCCCUCAGAGGCCAAGAAUUCUGGUUCAGCUCUCUCCGCAUGAUAACCUGAUUCUUAGCCAACCUGUGUCUUCACCCCUUCCGCUGAGUGGAGGCAAGUUUUCUACACUACUUCAGAAUUUAGGACCUGAAAAUGCUGUAACUCUACUUGUAUUCGCUGUGACGGAACAUAAAAUUCUCAUCCAUUCAUUGCGACCUUCAGUCCUUACCAGUGUGACAGAGGCAUUAGUCUCUAUGAUCUUUCCCUUCCACUGGCCUUGCCCAUAUAUUCCUCUGUGUCCCUUGGCACUGGCUGAUGUGUUAAGUGCACCGUGCCCAUUCAUAGUGGGAAUUGAUUCAAGAUACUUUGAUCUCUAUGACCCUCCACCAGAUGUUAGCUGUGUUGACCUAGAUACCAAUACUAUUUCUCAAACUGGAGAUAAGAAAGCUAUUGCAUGGAAGAUCUUACCAAAGAAACCUUGUAAAAAUCUGAUGAACACUUUAAAUAAUUUAUAUCAGCAGCUGGCAGAAUUGCAACAGAGACCAAGAGAAGAUGCAUUAAUGGAAUUGGCAAUGAAUGACUAUGACUUUAAUUCUGGGAAGAAGCUGCAUCUGUUAGAUUUGGAGAUCCAGGAAGCAUUUCUGUGUUUCAUGGCCUCAAUACUAAAAGGUUACAGGUCUUAUCUCAGGCCCAUAACGGAGGCGCCUUCUGAAACAGCCACAGAUGCAAGUUCCCUCUUUGAACUGCAAGGUUUCCUCAAAAGUCGAGAUCGCUCACAUCAGAAGUUCUACACGCUGAUGACCAAAACUCAGAUGUUUAUUCGCUUCAUCGAAGAGUGUUCUUUCGUGAGCGAUAAGGACGCAAGCCUUGCCUUUUUUGAUGACUGCGUAGAUAAAGUAGAUAUGGACAAAACCGGGGAAACACGACUUAUAGAGCUGGAUGAGUCAUACAAGAGCGAGCACACAGUUUUCAUAACACCCCCUGAGAUCCCUCAUCUGCCAAAUGGUGAAGAGCACCCUCUACAAUACAGCUAUAAUGGAUUUCCAGUAUUAAAACUCGAUUUGUUUGAGCGACCCGAAGGAUUUCUCACAGCACCAAAUAACAAACUGUCCUCAAAAGCCAGUAGUCCCAACAGCCCCUCGCCAAUGUUCAGACGAACUAAACAGGAAAUUAAAUCCGCACACAAAAUUGCAAAGAAGUACUCAUCCAUACCACAGAUGUGGUCCAGGUGUUUGUUACGGCACUGCUAUGGUCUUUGGUUCAUCUGCCUGCCUGCCUAUGUGAAAGUGUGCCAUUCCAAAGUCAGGGCUCUGAGAACUGCGUACGAUGUGCUACAGAAAAUGCAUACCAAAAAAAUAGAUCCACCUGAUGAGGUUUGCUACCGAGUACUCAUGCAGCUGUGUGGCCAGUACGGUCAGCCUGUGCUAGCAGUGAGAGUGCUUUUUGAAAUGCAGAAAGCUGGUGUUGACCCUAACGCUAUUACUUAUGGCUACUACAAUAAGGCUGUUUUGGAAAGUACGUGGCCUUCAAGCAAUCGAGGUGGCUAUUUCCUAUGGAUGAAAAUAAGAAACGUUGUUUUAGGAAUAGCACAGUUUAAAAAAGCAUUGAAAAAGCUGCCCGCAAGCACAUCACAUACAGCAAUUCCUGGGGGACUUUCAGAUGUUGGCAAUAACACAUCGUUCAAAGAAGAAGCCAAGCAAGGGAAAACUUGUCUGCAAGAUAUACAAGAACAAAAAGAGGACAAGAGAGAGAGUGACUCCAGUUCUCUGUCAGAAGUGGAGAGCACAAAAGGGAGUGGUGACUGCCUGCCUAAGCUGAAUUAUCAAAGCUCAGAUAAUGACAAAGCUGCUUCCAGUAUAGUGCGGCUCAACGGUACAGUUGACAAUACGGUAGCGGAAGCUAGCACAGGUGAGUGGAAGAGAAAUUCUGUGGGAUUGCUGUUUACAUCAUCUUUUGAGGAUGCUGCUGAAGCGGAAGUUAUAAAAAGUAAAUCCUUAAGAAAGAGACAUAAAAGUGCAGUAGAAGCUGACUUAAGGGAGAUACCGUGGGAAAGCAGGAACCGUACCCUGAGUGGAGAUGGCUUAGUGGGACUCAUGAUAAAUAGAAUAAAUCAGGAAGCAAACCCUGGAGAAAUUGUUGAAAAGUUAGGAGCUGAUGCCAAAAUCCUAUCUAAUGCAUUACAGAAAAGCAUAAGGCCAAAAACUCUUAAUAUCAGAACUUCCUCUUUAGAGUCUAAAAGAGAGAGCCUGGAGAAAGAAUCUAGUGAUGAAGAUGCAGCUUUUGAUGGCAGUUUCACUGACAAAACAGAGUCUCCUGUUAUCUUUGAUCUGGAAGACUUGGAUGCAGAACCUGAAGCAUCUACAGCAGUGAAAUCCUCCAGUGAAAAAUCUAGAAGGCUGCAAAGAAAAAGCAGCUUUCCAGUAAAGCCAGUUGAAAAGACAGAUGUUGAAACCGGAUUUGAUCCGCUGUCCCUGCUGGUUGCUGAGACAGAACAGCAGAAAGAGGACGAGGAGGAUGACGAUGAUAGAAGUGUUUCUACUCCAUCUGCAAGGAGAGAUUUAGCUGAAGAAAUAGUCAUGUACAUGAACAACAUGAGCAGCCCUUUGUCAAGCCGUGCCCCGAGCAUCGAGUUGCAGAAACCCUACGAUGACAGAAAUGCUAAUAAAAAGAGCCCAACAAUAAUCCAACCUUGCAGGAGGUCCAGCCUUCCCCCAAACUCCCCGAGGCCGUCUGGUAUUACCAAAUCCAAAAGUUAUCAUGCAAAAAGUGAAGAAAGGCCAAGAGACAGGCUUUGGUCCUCCCCAGCUUAUUCCCCAAUCAGCCCAGCAAAGGAACAGCCACAGGAUGCAACCAGCGCGCUAACGCUUGUGUCUUCACCGUCAUUCAACUUGGAUACGCUGCUGACUCCGAAGUUUGAUGUUCUAAAAAGCAGCAUGUUUUCUGCUGGAAAAGGGGUUGCAGAGAAGGCUAGCAAGUGGUACUCAAAAUUUGCAAUGUAUGCUGCAUCCUCAAAGGAUCAAAAUUCAGACCGAGCAAGUGUUUCAUCUCUUGGAGCUCUGGACUCAGAAUCUACUUCUUUAACUGAUGAAGAUGUCUGCAAUGAUUUUGAAAGUGCUUCUCCUCAGGAGAAUACCACUUCAGAAAUUAAGGGAAUUGGCCUCAGCAGGACAAGCCUGGAAAGCUCAGCUUCCCACGAUGGUUCUCUUUCAAAGUUCCCUUUACCUGAUAAAUCAGAGUUGAUAUCUUCUUGCAGUACAAGUAGUACCAGUGUGUUUCAGAACUACGCUAUGGAGGUCCUCAUCUCGAGCUGUUCACGAUGUCGAACUUGUGACUGCUUGGUUCAUGAUGAAGAAAUCAUGGCAGGUUGGACAGCGGAUGAUUCAAACCUCAACACCACCUGUCCAUUCUGUGGCAAUUUAUUUCUGCCUUUUUUAAGCAUAGAAAUCCGAGACCUUCGGCGACCUGGACGUUAUUUUCUGAAGUCCAGCCCUUCGACAGAAAACAUGCAGUUCCCAUCACUUUUUUCAAAUCAAAGUGGGAAGUCCUGUAACACCACAGCUACCGUUGGCCUCGCUACAUCCCUAAUGUCUGUUCAAGAGGACAUAAAUUCAAAUUCAAACAGCAAAUCGAAGCAGCAUGACAGUGUUUGUGCCAGAAGUAUCCAGAUCCCCUCAGGAAGAAGACAAAAUACCUCUGGGUCAGAAUGUACAAGUCACCCUGUAGCAAGAAGUAUCAGUACUUUUGGUCCAUUGGAGGAAGAUGAGAAGGAAAACCAGAAGAUCAGCCAUAUCAUUCCUACUGGUAGCCUCCCUGCUACUUUGCAAGGACCAACAGAUUCCUUGGGCCUAGAAUGGCGCUUACCUAGUCCUGAUCCUAUAACAGUUCCUUAUCUCAGUCCUCUGGUGGUGUGGAAAGAGCUUGAGAGCUUACUUGAAAAUGAAGGGGAUCAUGCAAUAACAGUGGCAGACUUUGUCGAUCACCAUCCCAUUGUGUUCUGGAAUUUGGUGUGGUAUUUCAGACGCUUGGACUUGCCCAGCAACUUACCAGGAUUAAUACUUUCUUCUGAGCACUGUAAUAAAAACUCCAAGAUCCCACGAAACUGUAUGUCGGAGGACAGUAAAUACGUUCUUAUUCAGAUGCUAUGGGACAACAUGAAACUGCAUCAGGAUCCAAGGCAGCCUCUGUAUAUUUUGUGGAAUGCUCAGACCCAGAAGUACCCAAUGGUCCAUUUAUUGCAAAAAGAUGAUGACUCUUUUAAUCAGGAGCUCUUGCGAAGUAUGGUGAAAAGCAUUAAGAUGAAUGAUGUGUACGGACCAAUGAGUCAGAUAUUGGAGAGGCUGAACAAAUGGCCACAUAUUAAAAGACAGCGGAGCCUUUACAGAGAAAUCCUGUUUCUUUCACUUGUCGCCCUAGGAAGAGAUAACAUUGAUAUAGAUGCUUUUGACAGGGAGUACAAGAUGGCCUAUGAUCGUCUCACAGCUAAUCAAGUGAAGAAUACCCAUAAUUGCGACAGACCGCCAAGUACUGGAGUGAUGGAAUGCAGAAAGAUUUUUGGAGAACCGUAUCUUUAA